UCAAAAAAAGAGAAGAAAAAAGACUAAACUAAUUCAUUCAUACUUCAUCCUUUUAAGCGUUGUUAUGGAGAAUUUGUCAGCACUUCAUGCUGUCCUUGUGGUUGAGAUGUGCUUUUCAGUUCUCAUAGAAUCUCAUAAUCACAUAUCUUUGAAAGGAAGCUCAGCUUCAUCAUCCCCUUUCCCAAGCAAUUUCCUCUUUGGAACUGCAUCCUCUUCUUACCAGUUUGAGGGAGCUUUUCUGACUGAUGGUAAAGGCCUCAACAACUGGGAUGUUUUUACUCAUAAGCCUGGUCAUAUCUCAGAUGGAACUAAUGGAGAUAUUGCUGUUGAUCAGUACCAUCUUUAUCUGGAAGAUUUAGAUCUCAUGAGUUACAUUGGAGUCCAUUCUUACCGGUUUUCUAUAUCAUGGGCAAGAGUUCUACCCAAAGGAAGAUUUGGAAAAGUGAAUAGAGCCUUCUUGAACAAAUAUGACAAAUAAUUAAGGAUCCAGCCAUUCGUGACAUUGUCUCAUUACGACAUUCCUCAGGAACUUGAAGACAGAUACGGAGCUUGGCUAAGCCCCAAAGUGCAGGAGGAUUUCAAAUAUUAUGCAAAUACAUGUUUCGAAUUCUAUGGAGACAGAGUUAAGUACUGGGUGACUUUCAAUGAGCCCAAUGUUGUAGUUAUUCGUGGCUAUAGGUCAGGGGUUUACCCACCAUCUCGUUGCUCUAGCCCAUUUGGGAAUUGUACUAGUGGGAAUUCAGAGAAGGAGCCUUUCAUUGCAGCUCAUAACAUCAUUCUAUCCCAUGCAGCUGCUGUGAAUAUAUACCGAACCCAAUACCAGAAAAAACAAGGAGGUAGCAUUGGAAUGAUCAUGAAUGCCGUAUGGUAUGAACCCAUCAGCAACUCCUUAGAAGACAAGUUAGCAGCUGAGAGGGCUCAAUCUUUCUAUAUGAACUGGUUCUUAGACCCAAUUGUACAUGGGAAAUAUCCUGCAGAAAUGCAGGAGAUUCUAGGAGCUGAUUUGCCUAUAUUUUCAGAAUCUGAUGUGGAGAUGCUGAGGAAGAACAGAUUAGAUUUCAUUGGCAUCAACCACUAUACCAGCUUUUACAUAAAAGACUGUAUCUUUUCUGAAUGUGAACCGGGACCAGGAGCUUCAAGGACGGAGGGUUUCGCUUUGCGAACCGCAGAAAAAGAUGGAGUCUUCCUUGGAGAACCAACUUCGGUUGACUGGCUGUAUGUCUACCCUCAAGGAAUGGACAAGAUUGUAACGUACGUAAAAGACAGAUACAAUAAUACACCAAUCUUCAUCACAGAAAAUGGGUUUGGUAAGACUGAUAAUUCGAAUUCCACCAAUGAAGAAUUACUGAAUGAUGUCAAGAGAGUGAAGUACAUGAGGUCCUACUUACAUGCACUAGCAGAAGCAAUGAGGAAAGGAGCAGAUGUAAGAGGGUACUUCGUGUGGUCGUUGCUUGACAAUUUCGAGUGGACCAGUGGAUAUACUGUUCGGUUUGGACUUCACCAUGUUGAUUAUGCCACUCUCAAAAGAACUAAAAGACUCUCAGCGGAUUGGUACAAACAAUUUAUUUCUAAUCAUACAGUGCAAUUUUUAAUUGCCACAUCAUGAUCAAGAAAAUCAAUGUAGAGAGCACUCAACAGCAGCUAUCCUUUUAAUCAAUCAAUAAAGCCAUUAGAGUAGUGUGUGCGCCGCCUUACACCAGAGUUCGAUCCUCCUCCUCGUACAUUAGAGUGGUUUAUAAUAUCGUGUCUGUCAAAAAAUAAAGCCAUCUUCCCUGUCAAAAAAUAAAGCCAUCUUCCCAGUCCUAUAGUGUAUAUCUUCCCAGUCAUAUAGAAUGAUGAAGAGAGACAAUACUAUACUAAAGUGUAUAACAAUCAAAACACAGGGUAUCUGAUCAUCAAGAUCAUAGCCAUGGACUUGGUUAAAAAAAUCAUGCUCUGUUCCUCGGGAUAUGGUUUAAUUAGCCAAUUGUAUUGUAGGUUUCCUUCUGUUCACCGGUUGGAAAAAUUGUAUUGUAGAUUUUGUAGUAAAUAAGAACAAUGUUUGAAUC